AUGAGCACGACCAAACCAUCCCAAUUCCAACUCCACCCCAUAACCGACUCCGACUUCCCAGCCCUAACCACCGCACUAUGGGAAUCGUUCGAGAACCCACGACAAGGCCUCCUCCGCCUCUUCAUGCCAAUACUCAACAACGACCGUGAAGCAAGUCUACAGGCGUGCAUCACGGCCCAGCGAGAAGAAUACCACCAUCACCAACCGCACUGCACCUGGAUCAAGAUCGUCGACACGCAAUCCGAAAACCGCAUCGCAGCCGCUGCGAAAUGGUACUUCUACGACGACAAUCCGUAUGACGAGCACGGGGAGGUCCUGGUUGCAGAUUGGUACCCCGAGGGUGUGUCGCGGGAAUUCGCGACGCAGGCUGUGAGGAUAUUCGAGAGGCCGAGGGAGGAGAUGGCGCGGAGGGGGCAUGCUUGUACGCCUCCCAUUCUCCAAAGCCCACUUCCUUACCCGACAAUUAGCACUGAACCCGUCUCUAAUUGUUUGAUAGUUCUGCACAUUGCAUUCACACUCCCCUCAUACCGGCACCGCGGCCUCGGCCGGAUGUUCAUGGACUGGGGCAUUCGGAUCGCGGACGAGCGCGGGCUCGAGGCGUGGCUUGACGCUUCGGAAUUCGGGGUCCCGCUGUAUGAGAAGUUUGGGUUUCGGCGUGUCCUUGUGAAUAAGGUACGUCCUGUUCCGGAGAGGGAGUUAACGGAUAGAGAGAAGGCGGAGUGGGAGGAGUGCGAGAGGGUUAUGCUGCCGAUUGAGUAUACGGUUAUGUGGAGGCCGAGGAGGGGGGAUCAUCCGUAUGAAGAGAGGAAGAUGGUUUUGCCGUGGGAGGAGGGGAAGAGGGAUGGUUGGUGUAGGGUUAAUUGA